AAUGAAAUAAUGAAUCAAAUCAAAUCUGUGUCAUGACGGCUGUCGGACGGUCGCGUCGAUAACAUUUUUGGGUGUGUGUUUAUGGCGUGAUAAAUUAUUAUUUAAAGCGGUAUUAGUGGUGGUUGAAAGCGGUCGUGAUUUUUUAAUAAACAGUGUUUAUAAUGUGGCGGUCUUUGUUAGACACAUUUUGGAGUGAAGAAGUGUGGUUGCCGCCUAAUACAACAUGGGAAGAUAUCGCACCGGGGAAUGACAAGGCAGUGGUUUACAAUGACUAUACGCACCUCCUGUAUCCCCUGCCCCUAGCCGUGGUGCUGAUAUUCCUGCGGCGCACUCUAGAGACAUAUUGGUUUGCUCCCUUUGGCAAGUCAUUAGGAAUUAAAAAUACAAGACCAAAGAAAGCACCAGUAAAUCCUAAGUUAGAGGCUGCAUAUCAAACUUCAUCUAAAAUUAAGCAUAAACAGUACUUUUUGAACAAGGAUGAGAUAUGUUCGUUAGCAAAGCAAUUGGAUAUGACAGAGAGACAGGUGGAGCGAUGGUGGCGGCUGCGAAGAAGCCAAGACAAGCCUUCGACACUGGUUAAGUUCUGCGAGAAUAUGUGGAGAACUACAUUUUACUUAUACAACUUUUCGUAUGGUUUGUUCAUACUUUGGGAUAAGGAAUGGCUGUGGGAUAUCGACCAGUGUUAUAGAGGAUACCCCCAUCAGGGUCUCAGUAGCGACGUCUGGUGGUAUUACAUGAUAUCAGCGGCCUUCUACUGGUCGCUAACAAUAUCCCAGUUUUCCGACGUCCGUCGCAAGGACUUCUGGCAGAUGUUCGUGCACCACAUCGCGACCAUCCUGCUGCUGUCCUUCAGCUGGGUCUGCAACCUGCACAGGAUCGGGACGCUCGUGCUGCUGCUGCACGACUGUGCUGAUAUAUUCUUGGAUGCGGCAAAGGCCGCGAAGUAUGCUAAUUUCCAGCGUCUCUGUGAUACAAUAUUCGCAGUUUUUACUGUACUGUGGAUAUUUUCAAGACUUUUUAUCUACCCGUUCUAUAUUAUUUGGAGUACAUCGAUCCGUGCUCCCAUGAUAGUGCCGAUGUUCCCCGCGUACUACAUCUUCAACUCGCUGCUGUGUCUGCUGCUGGGCCUGCAUCUCGUGUGGACCUGGCUUAUACUGCAGGUCGCUUACAAGGCGAUUAGUUCUGGACAGAUGGAAGGUGAUAUUAGAAGUUCGAGUUCAGAAAUAAGUGAUAGUUCACAUCAGUCAAACCACAGCACGCCUAAUCGUGUUAACCAUAAAAAAGAGACAUAGGGUCUGGCCGACCGCCCGGGAGUCUUCAGCCGCGCUAGCGCCGCCUGGCGGCCGCCGACGUCGUCACUCUACGUUACGAGGUUGUAACUAGGUAUAUCACUAAUAUUACGAGGGGCCACAUGUACGCUUCUUAUCUACGCUAGACAUUAGUCUACCUGUAUUGGGUACUGCACUUAUAUGAAAACAACUGAUUUUCAAACAUACAUAAUAAGAAUGUUGUAAGAAAAAUAUUAUUAUAAGAAUUAUUUAAUUAUAUCUACUUAAUACGGCUGUUGAUACGCGCAAAACAAAUUAAACUUAAUAAUUAAUAAGUACAUUUAUGCGGUAUUUUUAAGUAGUGUGGCCCCAAAUUGUUCGUCCAUCAUGCAUUGAAUGUUUCGAGCUGUAUCCUAAGUCCGUAUUUAUAAAAAAAACAACGUGAGAUUUCUAAGUAUACAGACGUAAAACAUUUGACUAUGGAAUGACAGAAAUGGCGCGAAUUGGGAAACGUUGGAAGUUUUAUUGCUAACAUAUGAAAUCCGCUAAAAGUUGUAAUUAAGAGUACAUUCACAUGCCCAGUCUAAUCACGUUUCCUAAUUUACGUAUAUUAACGGUGUUAUCGCAAUGAAAAUUUCAUUGUACCAGCAAAAUUCUGCAAUACCAAGUGAAGGCUUUAACUUAUAUUUUGAUCACAAAGUUUUUGAAAAGUUACUUAGGUAUUAAAGAGGAACCAAGGUAACGUUUUUAUUCUUAUAUAAAAACCUCCUUUGAACUGCAUUUCAUUUAAUUUAGUUAUAAUUUAUACCAAAAUGGCGGUGCUAAUUUUAUCACUUAUUUAUGCAUUUAUACAAUAAUAUAUUAUACACGGUUCUCUCAAAUGCAAAACGCAAAUCAUUUUUAGGCUAAGAUUUUGAUCGUGUUAUUUAAUAAUUUAUAAUACUUACUAUUGUCACAAA